AUGUCGUACAAUCCUCAGACUGCGAGAGACACGAGCAAAUGGGAUCCCGUAGACAGAGAAACGGUAGAAGCAGAGAGACAAGCCUCGAAAGCCUGGUCCCAUCCACACAUAUCGCGAGAUCUCCAUACAGAACCAGCUCAUCCAAUCCAACGACAAGCCACGAGGCAUUCGGAUUCGUCGGACGACUCCGACGAUGAAUCAUCCUCACCCAGCGAAGGCAUGAGCAGGAUCGCAACGGCUGCGAGUGCUGGUAGGACCGAGACCCGAGCCGCGAGAACGAAGACACAUCCUCUCGAAGAUCAUCGCAUAGAAACCCAUCGUCUACAACACGUCGCAACCGUCGGUACCACAGGCACGAAAGAGUAUGGGAAACCAUUACCCAACUUUGGCGGCGGUAAACAGUAUCCUCCAGAUCUACCGCCCUAUGAAGACUAUGUGGUCGAGUUUGACGGUCCGGACGAUCCAUUGCAUCCGCAGAACUGGCCUUUCAAGAAAAAGCUGAACAUAGCAAUGGUAUUGGCAUAUACUGCUCUAAGCUCUACUUUCACCUCGUCUCUAUUCUCCGCCUCGACACAAGCCUUCGCUGUAUACUGGGGCAUCAGUGUCGAAGUGGCCACACUAGGCACAUCGCUGUAUGUGCUCGGCUACGCCUUUGGUCCUCUAUGCUGGGGCCCGUUAUCGGAGUUGAGAGGUCGCAAACUGCCUAUUGUGAUCGGCAUGUUUGGAUUCACUGUUUUCAACUUUGGUACCGCGACAGCUUUCAACCUACAGACCUUUUUCAUUUGCAGGUUUUUCACUGGUGUCUUUGGCUCAGCUCCUCUUUCCAUUGUUGCAGCAGCUUUCUCUGACAUGUUCGACAAUACACAACGAGGUCCUGCUAUCGUACUAUUCUCAGCCACUGUAUUCCUGGGCCCCAUGCUAGCACCUUUCAUUGGUGGGUUUGUCCAAAUGUCUGGAGUUGGUUGGAGAUGGAACGUCUAUAUUCCUGCUCUCAUGGGCGUCCUAUCCGUCGUGCUGAAUGUCUUCUUCCUGGUUGAGUCCUACCCUCCAGUUGUGUUGGUCGGAAAGGCAUCAGAGCUACGCCGAAGAACGAAGAAUUGGGGCAUUCAUGCAAAGCAGGAAGAAGUCGAAGUCGACCUCGGCGAAUUGGUCACCAAGAAUUUGAGUCGACCAUUGCGUCUGCUCUUUACAGAGCCUGUCGUACUCCUUUUGACUAUUUAUAUGUCCUUCAUUUACGGUCUCCUAUACCUCUUCUUGACUGCUUAUCCACUUGUCUUCCAAGGAGUGCACGGCAUGAAUCCUGGAGUAGGUGGUCUACCAUUCUUUGGCAUUAUGGUUGGUAUCUUCCUCGUCGCAGCAUACAUCAUCUACGAUUCCAGGAACUACAACAAGAAGCUAGAGGCGAAUGGUGGCAUUCCAAUCCCAGAGUGGCGUCUUCCACCAGUCAUAGCUGGAGGUGUUCUGUUCUCUCUCGGCUUGUUCUGGUUUGGCUGGACUGGCUAUACAAGGUCUAUUCAUUGGAUCGUGCCAACCCUCUCUGGUCUGUUUACGGGUUUCGGUCUACUUGCAAUCUUCAUCUGCUGUUUCAACUAUCUGGUCGACAGCUACUUGAUGUUUGCGGCUUCCGUCAUUGCAGCCAAUACCUUUCUUAGAUCGAUUGCCGCGGCUGGCUUUCCACUUUUUGCUCGGCAGAUGUUCAAUGGACUAGGCAUACAGUACGCAGGAACACUACUUGGCGCCUUUUCUGCUUUUUUGGUUCCUAUUCCAGUUCUCUUCUACCUAUACGGUCGCAAACUGCGAGAGAAAUCGAAAUUCGCUCCGACAAUGAAGAGGAAGCCUACCGAGGCAGAGACUAGCGGAAGCGAUGAUGACAACGAUGAUAGUCAUUCCAUGGUAGCCCUAGCCGCGACUCGCAGCCGAGCACAUGCUGAACCAAGCACAACACGACAGAGAACAAAUGCUAGCUCUGGCACUCAACCACGAGACAUUGAGAAGGAGGCGGAGGCACCUAAUGGUACAACAGCCGUGCCCACAAGUAGUGGGCCAACACUGGAUGGGAAGAAAACGGAGUAG